CUGCGACAGAAAUUUAUGGACCUCAUCACCAAAGCCCGACGGUUAGCUGAAGAUGGGGAAAUCGCAAAGGCAAUAUUAUUGAAUGAGAAGGCACUUGAAAUCCACUAUAGUGAUAAGCUUAAGAAACGCAUUGAAAAAAUGAAGGUAAUGAAAUUACUGUUUGCAGUUACAUUGGUGCUGGUAUACCUUAAUUUUGUUUUGUAUAAGAUUACAAGUGAAUUCUACAUAUUAUUGUUUAGGUGCCAAGCAUCAUAUAAGAUUGUAAUGUCUAUAAUAGCAGUAAAAUGCUAAGAACACAUCGUUAGACUAUUAACUUAGGUUGAAUAAUAUGAUCAUUUACAUUUGAAAUAUCAGUCGGUUUUAUGUUUUAAUAAUUUUUUAAAAUUAGUGUUGACAUAAAUCUUUUUUUUCUUUCUUUAAGUUAAAGUAACAUCCAAUGAAUUAGAUUGCUCUGUUAUUUCCUGUACAUACCACACAGACAGAAAGCAAUAAUAAAAGGCUCAUAUAUUCAUAGAUUAUUCCAAAUUGGCUCCAGAGAAACACAUUUCUUAAGAAAAUAAUCUUUGUCUUUCAAGCCACUUAAAUUUAUUAAAUAUAACAGAAUUUAGACUAUCCAGUGUUAAUAUAUUUAUUUUACAUUGUUCUCCUGUGCAGGCUUUCCUAGCCGCCCAAAAUGAGAGUGAUGGAGAUGAUGAAAAUGAGGGGGGAAUGAAAAACCUUGGACAAGGCUUCAUGUUACAUCUUAAGUUACAUGACAAUCUGUAUAGGCAUCAGAAAGAGGGUGUCCUAUGGAUGUGGUCACUUUAUCUACUUGGCAAAGGGGGAAUUUUGGCAGAUGACAUGGGGUAAUUACUAACGUACUGUGCAUGACCAAUGACUCCAUUUUUACCAAUAAAGCUCUACAGAUACGUAUACACUGUCAUAGCCAGGUCCGGAUUUAGAUGGGAAGAUAUAUUUAAAGAUAUGUUAGCAGUUAAGCAAUACAACAAUUCACAAUCGAUUAAAUAGAAAUCUAUGGUGGGGAAAAGCCUCAGAGGAGACUAUAUUAAUGAUGGAUAUGUCACUUAAUUGAAACAAUGUAAUUCUAACUGCAUUGCCUGUUAAAUUCGUCCAGUUUUAUUUUUUGUUAGCUGAUAGUGGCUGUCUUUGGACCCUAUAGUUGAUUUGCUUUGUUUCACAUAAAUCUUUGUUGUUGUUUUUUCUCUAUGUUGUCCUCAUACCUCCAUUAUAACACACCACAAUCAUUUGUCUAAUUAUAAUUCAGUUUCUCUGUUGUAUUGUACUCCUAAACUAAUGAUUUCUUUAUCAGUCUUGGCAAAACCAUUCAAGUCAUUGCCUUCCUGGCUGGAAUGUUCGACAUGAAAAAAAUCAGCUCUGUGAUGAUAGUUGUUCCUCUAAGUGUCAUGGCUAACUGGCUCACAGAGUUCAAUAAAUGGUAUUUGUAUAUUUACAUUAAUGUUUAAUAUCAAAAAGCUUUAAUGUUGUAGAAAGCAAAUAUAUGUUAGGAAUGAAGAAUUAAAAAAUAAAAUCUUAUGAUUAAUAAGUCUAUAAUUUAAUUUUAAUUUUUUUUCGGUGCAUAGAAAAUGUUAACAGCUUAUUUUUAAUAUUCUAAGGACGCCAGGCAUUGAUGUCUUACAGUUUCAUGGUGGAUCUAAGAAAGAGCGAGAAAAAUCCCUGGCAAGAGUGAGAACAAGGGGUGGAGUGCUCUUAACUACAUAUGGCCUGGUCAUGACAACCAAGGAAACAUUUGCUGUACGACAUGGUCAGGAGUUUGUGUGGGUGAGUUAGUCAUACUUCAAUUUUAUAGCCUCAUUAUACAUUGCUUUUAUAGGUUAAUAAAACUACUUGGAUUUAUCAUACUGAGAAACAAGGGGCGGGUAUGGUCAGAGUUCUUUGUUUUUACUUGUGUGACAUAUUGUUUAGUUGACAGUCCCGUAUCCGAAGGUUGAUUAAAAACGCUCAAAAGUGUAAUAAUAUGCAUAACCCUUUUGCUGAAAAGCUUUACCUUUAAAAUUAUAAAUUUAAUAAUUAACCACACACCCUUCCCCUGAUAAUAUUUGGUAGCCUGGGAAUAAGAUAAGGAUAAGAACCCUUAGAAAAGAUAAUAUUCUUUUAUUGAUCCAAAGAAUGGGCAUUUCAUUGUAUAUUUUCAGCAUUUUAUAUUAAAAAAGUACAAAAUUUAACAUAAACUAGCCUGGCUGCCUAAGCAAAGAAACAUAACUCUAUUCUAAUUAAAAUAUGUUGUUUUUUUAAAAAAAACGAAUAUAAAUGUCAUUGUUAUUUAAAUUUUUAUUAAGUACAAAAAUAAAUGCAAUUUUAUAUUCACCAUCAAGAUUAGUUUAUUUGGAGAAUAAACUUUAGUUAUGUCUGAAGUUUCCUCGCUGCAUUUUCAAAAAUGUAGCAGGCUAGUAUUUUCUGAUGUGUAAUAGAAUUGAUUUUUAUUGUCUUUUUCAGAUAUAUCUUCAACUCUGUCAUUAUCACUCUUACUUUUAAACAUUAAGUUUAAUAAAUUCUACUCAGAUCUGUUUGAUUGUUUUAUUAUCUCAGCUUGCUAGUCUAGUAAGCCUAGCAGCUUGUCUCAAAUGAACUAGGAAAGCCAUCUCAAACUUUGACCUGUCAUAACUUUUUAACCAAAGAAGAUGUUAACAUACAGAUUUCUCUUUUUAAAAAAAUUCUGUUCGUGAAUGCAGCAGUAAAUUUUAGCAGACUCAAUUUUUUGCAGUUUAGUUGCUAGAUGGCCUGAAAUGGCGUCAAACAGGUCUAUCAGCCUGACUUGCUUUCGUCUGGUGUUGUAAAGAGGCAGUGGUGGGGAUUUGGGAAACGAUAAGGUGGGGGCACUAAAGACAGUAGAGAGUUAAAUAAAGACAAUUUUCAUGUACCACAUUUUUAAAGUAAAUUUUCAAGCACAAUGAACCAGCCAAACUGUCUUCACAAUGUUUGCUAUAAAUGUCCACAUGUCCUUAAAAUUAAUUAUUACUAUGGUAAUGUGUCUGCUUUUUUUCUAUUAGGACUAUGUCAUACUGGAUGAGGGUCACAAAAUCAAGAACCCUACAAAAACUUCCAAAAGUGUGCAUCUGAUUCCUGCGAGACACAGGAUUAUCCUUACUGGCACCCCGGUACAGAAUAACCUCAAGGUUAGUGUAGUCUCGUUGACAACUUUAGUACAAUAUCAAGUAAUAUCUCAUUGACGACAUUGGCACAAUCUUCAGUUUUUUAAUACUUUUCCAAGCCAUGUUAGUGACAGAAGCACCUCAUUUAUAAGGCUUGGUGCAUCAUCUCUUAGUUUUAAAAGAUAUCAUCUUAUUAAGUCGAUAAAUGAAAGUGAAUCUGAAAUGAUUACUGUUUGUUUAUUUUAAAAUUGUUCAGGAGCUGUGGUCACUCUUCGAUUAUGUUCAUCAGGGGUCUCUUUUAGGAACAGUGCGUACAUUCAAAAUGGAAUUUGAAGCCCCAAUUAUCAGGGUAAGAAUGUUUCAGUCCAUUACAUUGCUUUCAUCUUAAACUUUUAAGUGGGUUGGACUGAAAUAAAUCUUAAUCAGAUGCAAUGGUUUUGUCUCACGUGAUGUAAAGCAAAACAAAUUAAUAAAACUUAAUCCUAUUUAUAUACCGAUAAAGUUUAGUGCCUUUUAGAAUCUUUGAGAUGCCUUAGAUCUGCACUAUUUUACUACCCAAUACUAUUAAUGUUUAUGCAUAAAAUAAAGAUACCAAUCUUGACACCAAUUACUUUUAUUCUCAGGCCAGGGAACGAGAUGCUUCAGCAGUUGAGAAGAAAUUAGGCCAAGAAAUGGCUGACACAUUGAAAAAUAUUAUCAAGCCAUAUUUUUUGCGAAGAACAAAAGCUGAAGUACAAAAGUCAAAGAAUUCUGGAAAGGAUGACACCCAAGACCUAGUGUUUGUUUUCAUUUUUUUACCCACCAUUUUAUUACUUUUUAAUUGAAACACAUUUUUUUUAAUGACAUUUUCAUUUGUUGCUAUUUGUUGUUUUCUUUUCUAACUAGCGAUGUUAAUUUGGAUCAUCCAUUUAACACAUGAAAUAUAAACAUUAUAACCAUGUUUAGUGUUAUGGGAGUUCCAAUAGGUUACUGCUUAUUUUAUUAUGAAAAUCAUAAUAAAACACCAGACAUAUGUUGACUAAGUCAGUAGUAAGUUACAGGUCAAGUAUGCUGACAGACAUUAUCAGGUUUGUGUGGUAGCUAACCAAAUGGCAUGUUGAAUAGGAUGCACCGGGCCAUCAUGCAAAUCAUGGUACAGCCAAAAAAAAAUGUGGUCAAUAUCUCAGAAAUAACAUUACAGCUACCAGGAAAACUGGAAAGAGAUGAAGAUGGGUGGGAAAGUUGGUCUUUAACUAAUUAUCUAUCUAAUAAAUUAUUAUUAUUUAUUAAGGUUUUGAUUUAGAUAUUAAACUUAUAUUCUAAUCAAAGAUUCACUAUUCCUUUCCUUUAGAAUGCCUUCCAUGACCCGCAAAAAUGAUUUGGUAAUUUGGCUACAUUUGACCCAAACACAACAAAAGAUUUAUCAUGAUUUUAUUAACCAGGACAGUGUCAAAGAGGUGAAUUUUUAGCUAAUUUUUGCUAUUCAGUUGAUAAUUUUAGUUUGUCGAUAUAGAUGAACGGGCUGGAAAUGGCUAUGUGCCCAAAAAAUUAAAUCUUGUUUUGUAUCACCUUAUUGGUUUUUAAACUUUUUUCUAACUUGAUCUGUUUAGCUUUUAAUGACCAAGAAAUCCCCUCUGGUGGCACUGACAGUCUUGAAGAAAAUCUGUGAUCACCCACGACUUUUAAGCCAACGAGCUUGUUUGCAGCUGGGCCUUGAUGGAGAUGAGUAAGAUGAAAUUGUUGUGGUUGUGAGAUAAAAAGAAUACCCAAGAUUAAACUAAGUCACAAGCUACCGCAUUUUAACUUCAGUAAAUACACUUUCAAGUGUUGAACUGUAUAAAAUUAUCUUGAGACAUUUAGCUUGGUAGAAUUUCUGAAUAAACGUUUGAACAUCACUGCCACCCAACCACAAUAUUUAAUCCAUAGCAUGUUUACUGCCAUUUAUUCUUUAAACGUUUAAAUAUUCUUUAAAAAAUAAACUUUAAUUUUUUAUAUGGAGAAUCAAAAUGACAUUCUUCAAUCUUUUAUUAAUCUCUUAUGUUUUUAAUACUUUAAUUUCCUGAAUCUUUUUUUUAUUUUAUUUUUUUAAAUCUUUAAUUGCCAUUGCUUUGUUUUCUGAGUCACAAUUGACUGUAUUUGUCAGCCUCCUAAUUACUGUUUCCUGUUACAGUUUCAAUGAGGAGGACUUAGAGCAGCCAGAGGCUUAUGAAAGUGCUGUGUCCCAGAUCAACCAAAUUCCAGAUGAAGUUCUGGUGAAUGAGUCUGGAAAGAUGCAAAUUCUGGUUGACCUUCUGGACACUUUUAAACAAGAGGGUCGCAAGACGUUGGUGUUCUCUCAAUCCAGGAAACUUUUGAAUAUCAUCCAAAAAGUGAUAAAGAACAGGGUGAAUUGAAAUUUUAACGCAAUAACUGAGUUCAAAGACAUAAGGUGAAGCUUUUAACCAAGAUAACGGAAUGAAUAUCAAGCUAAAAGUCUUCUUCACCUGUAAACAUAAAAAUGAAGCAAAUGUAUAUCCUUACAAUGAUAAGCUUUUUAUUUAUUUUUUUCAGUAUACGUUGACUGUUAUCUUUAUAAAGGAAAAAGACAACAGCAUGAUAUCCCUAAGAAGCCACCCCGUAAAAUGUUCAACAAGACAUUAACAUAUGUUAAAAUAGGGUUGAAGAAAAAUAAAAUAAAAGCUUGUGAAAAGUCUCACUAUUCAUUUUUAUAUUUCUUUCCUAGGGUCACAAGGUGCUUCGACUUGAUGGAACCAUUGCUCAAGUGAAGGAGAGGGAUGAUAUAGUCCAGAAGUUUCAGCGAGACCCAGCCUACUCGGUUUUCCUUUUAACUAUACAGGUAAGAUUUUUUUAUAAUUUUAGUAUUGAUGUAAAAUUGUAACUAAUCUGCGCAUAGUAAGAUUGUUUGUAUUCAUAUUUACAUAGCAAUGAAGUACAGACUAGUUUUUUAUAUAAAUAUAUAUUUUGUAGUUAAAUAGUUUUUUUUCAUUGUCAAGUUCAUUAAAUUUGAACGUAACAGCUUUCAAUGUAAUGAAUUACUUGACCCACCAAAUUAAAAAAUUUUUUCCUUCUUUAUUAUAGGUUGGAGGUGUUGGCUUAACAAUUACAGCUGCGGACAGAGUAGUCAUAUGUAAGAUAUUGUUAGUUUUUAAAUGUAAAAAAAAAAUAAUAAUAAUAACAAAAUUAUACAUAUUCUAGAUUCUAUUGUCAUUAGAAUACACAUAUAUCCAGAGCUAUUUGUUUUCUUUGUUAAACUGCAACCAUGAUACAAAUACUUAUUAGUUGUAUUUCUGUUUCCUGAAAGACGACCCAAACUGGAACCCCGCAACUGAUGCACAAGCUGUAGACAGAGUUUACCGCAUAGGUCAACAAAAAAAUGUUGUCGUCUACAGACUUAUCACUUGCGGCACUGUAGAGGAAAAAAUAUACCGGCGCCAGGUCUUUAAGGACAGCAUCACAAGGCAGACCACUGGAGACAGUAACAAUCCCUAUAGGUAGAUGACAUUUCAAAGAGCAUCAAGUUUUUGUCUUGAAGAUUAUUACCACCAAUUUUGAAGUGUUAAUGGUUCAUUGGUAUUAUCAUUUUUACUGAUCCAAGUUAAAAACUAACUAAGCCAAAAAUAAACUACAUUUAGUGUAUUCUCCACCUAAUAAAAUAGUGUUAAACUUCUCCACUUACUUUAGAAACAGUUCUGUUUUAUUCUGUACAUAAUUCUUGCUUGUUAUGGAGUUAGCAGGAUGUUAUCUAGCAAUGAAUAUCAAAACCAAUUGAUGAUUUUCAGACCUGUAAUUUUCAGCUAAGCUAAACACAGCAAGAAUUAAAAAGAGGACAUAUUAAUAGGGAUGAAGAAAUAUGGUUAUCCCAGCUAGGCGUAAUUGUAAGGAUUUUUAAAACAAAAUCAAAAUUAGUUGGAGAAAAUAAAAGAUUCACUUGUUUUUUUCUUUUAAAUCACCAAUAAUAAUAAUUAAAAUCAAAUGCUCCUGAAGUCUUCAAACACAAAAUUUCAUUUAUCUCAAAAAUAGAAAAAGUGGACAACUGUGGGUUUUCCCCUGUAGUCUUCAAUUAUAUACCAAAUAAAUAAAUCUAAAAAAUAUGGGAUUUAAAUAGAGUUAUAAACUUUCAGAUACUUCACCAAAAUGGAAUUGAAAGAGCUGUUCACAUUAGAUGACCCCAGGUUCUCCAAGACCCAGAAACAGCUGGAAGAACUGCAUGCCAAUCAGAGGCAGACUGACCAAGCUCUGGAUAGUCACAUUGCAUACUUAUAUUCAUUGGGUAAUUACUUGACAUCACAAAUUCUAUCAAAUAAACUUAUACCCUACCUCACCUCACCAGCACAAAGUUAAUCAAUUAAAUUAAGCUGUGUAUGAGAAUGUUGACCAUAUAAUGCAACUUACUUUUAAAAACAUUAAAAAUAUAAGUGCUGCUUUUAUGAGUAAAUUAUGUUUAGUACAGGAGAUGGUUGAUUAAAUAAUAAAAACUGGAAAUGACUGAAAAAUAAUGAAACAAGAUAGUCUGAAUUCUAAGUAAGUGAUUUCCGAAAUUGAAAUAGUUUUAAAGAAAAUGUAUGCAAGUCAAAUCACUAUGGUUGUAAAAGUUAUUUUAAAUCUUUUUUCUUUUGUAAUAUUUAAUCAACGGAGCACCCUAUUUGGCAUUUUAGUUUAAAACCAAAAUGUUGAGAAAAAUUCAAAAUUACAAUUAUUUAAAUAUUUAAGUGUCUAUUUGGAUGGCAAUUGUUUCUCCUUUUUUUUUUCCUAUCUGAAAUUAUAAUCUUUCAUCACAAUAUUUCCUUUUAUUUCUGUUAGACAUUUUCGGCAUCAGUGACCAUGACCUGAUGUACAGACAGACAGAGACAAGAGACGAUGAAGAGGAGCCAGAAGAUGAAGGGGAAGAUCUCCAAGCCCUUAAUGAACAAUUCAUUCAACAUAAAGUAAGUUGUGUGGUUUUUUUCCCUCAAUGUUCAAAAUAAAAACUGUUCCCAACAAAGAUCUUAUUUACCAUGAGAGAAGGCAUAAGCAGACAUGCUAGACAGUUAAACUAUCUCCACAUAUGCUGUCUACAUUAAAGAAUACUAUAUACAGUUCUUACUAAUGUGGGCUUUAAAUUAGCUGUGGGCCUACUUAUUCAAUGAAGAAAAUAACACCCGCUUUAGUUUUAGCAAGUGUUAACAGAUGUUAUUGAUUGUUAGUGAUAUUAAAUAUAUUUAAUAAUUUAAUAGGAGUUAAAAGAGAACUUCCCGACACGACAGUUUUUGCUAAGAUUAUUACAAAAACUUAUUUGUAAUAAUGGUUUACUACUUAAAGUAGCUACUAUAGUGAGGAUUCCUUUAAUACCUACCAGUAUAAUAUGUAGAUACUGUUCAAACCUUACUCAGAUUCUAUGUUUAGAUCCAAGCAUUAUACCAAAGGUCAUUUUGUAUGGCCCAAUAGGAUUUAUGCUCCCUUUUAGACUUACUGGUAUGAUGAAUUUGUUGAAAAUCCUUGAAAAAUCGUAGACUUUUUAAAACACCUUAAUCUGAGCAGGUAAAUGGUUCAGGUUAGCAUGUAUGUAACAAAUAAUUCAAAAUAAAAUAAGUGGUUUGGAUUAUUUUUUAUUUUUUAAUUUCAAAAUUAUAUCUGUUCCGAACUAAGUACUUAUAUUUACCAUGAGAGUAUACAUAUGCAGAUAUGCUAAGAUAGAAAAACCAUCUCCACCUAUGCUGUCUACGUAAAUGUCUUAGCAUAAGGUAGCAGGAAAAAUUCUCUGAUUACAAAGGUACUACAACAAGCUGACUUUAUCCACACACUCCUACAAAAAGGACGAGCCAGAUGGGCAGGGCAUGUUGCAAGAAUGCCAGACAGCAGAUUUCCCGAACAACUAACAUUGGUGAACUCUAAAAAUGGAAACACUCAGCUGGUGGACAGAAAAAAAUGCCAAAAUAAAGCACACAGCAAAAAAAAAAUAUGCAGAAUAGGCUCAAAUCCAACUAGGACCAAAAAAAACAUCUUUCCCAUGUGCAGGAAAGUAUUUCUCUACCGUAGACAUCAGCCAUCAAUAACCUUCCUUAGUGAGCCAUGACUUAAUUAGUGAUCAUUUAGAUUUGGUAACCGCUGAGGGAGCACACUGGUGAAUUCGGGGGGAGUACGCUGGCAAAUUCGCACAAACUGGGGGUCAAAAGAAUUUUAUAUCUUUCGGUUCUGAUUGAGCUGAUCUUAGCUAUGUGUGAUGAAGAGCGUGGGAUGUAUCAUCCAAAUUUUUUUUAGUUUUACAACAGCAUUUUUCUUCAAAUAGUUGUUCAACUGACGGAAGUAAAGUUUGUGUGAUAUCACUCACUUUCUUGAUUAGUCUAUUUAAUCCGUGUUUGAUGUCAGACAAUUAAUUCCCACACCAGUAGGUAGUCCAAAAGUUCAGUGGGCUUCCAGAUAUACACUGUUCUUAAACAACUUGGAUAACCCAUAUACGGAUCAACUGAUGAAAUUGUAUUUCUGUACAGUCGAAAGGGGGAAAAGGUUAGCUGUAAGUUAUGCUGCAAUAUACGACUUAUCUAUGAACGCCCUACUUCUACUCUAUUUAUGUAAGUUGUGGAAAUAUCACGGGUUUAUUGUAUAAUAUAAAAUUUGUAUUUCCUUCUUUCAUUUGUUUUGCUGUAAUCACAUAGGGACACAGUAAUGCCAAUAAUUGUCAUGUUUUGACCAUUCAGCUCCUGUUGACACAUAUUAAUGAAGGCAAAUCAAAAAUCCAAAAAUAAUUCUAAAUCCUAGUGUAAAAGUUAUUUAAAUCUAUUGAUAAGCCUCAAAAUCAGACUGGUAGUGAGCUUAGGUAAAUAUUUGAGGGUCAGUACUGACAUAAUUGGCUCAGUCAAUUGAUCCUUUACCCUUUGUUGACUUCAAUUAAGAUAAGACAUUUAUUUUGAUUACAUUGCACAUAUUGUUUUUUGUCUUGAAAGUCUUCUUCUGAAUUGUUGUUGUUCCCUGCAAAAUUGGUUUAUUGCAAGGAGUUAAUCGUGAGCUCUGUAAGCUGUUAAGUGUGCGUUGGCAUUUCGAGCAGUCUAGUCUUUUUUUUUUUAAUGGAGUUCUGAGCAUUUUUCAAGAUCUUUAAGAACUUUAAUUUUUGUAUUCCCCCAUAAACAAGGCUCUCUCUAAUUUAGAAACAAAAUAAGUUCAAUGCAAUAUUAUAAAAUAAGGUUUGUUCUAUUAAUCCAAAUAAAUGGGAAUUUGUUUUGAUUACUUUGUACAAAUUCUACUCGUCCUAAACAACACCUUUUUUUGUGGUUUUUUUUUUUUUUUUUUUUUUUAAUUGGUUUCUAGCAAAUUUUUUUUUUUUUUUUUUUUUUUUUUUUUUUUUUUUUUUAUUAUUUGUUUUUUUUUUUUUUUUUUUUUUUUUUUUUUUUUUUAAUUGGUUGCUAGCAAAAUGUGAGGUCAAGCGUUUUGUGGUAAAAUUCUCCAAGGAAAAAAUAAAAUGGUUUGCAUUUCACCGUCAAAAUAUUCCAGUAUUCUGGAGAGGAAGAAAUGAAACUUUAUAUACUUUUAAAAAAAUUUCAAAAUUUGAAAUUUGCUGGAUCUGAUGAUACUAAUUAAAAUCUCAUGAAAAUUAUUUCAACAAAAAAAAACAUUUUUUGAUGUGACAGAUUCAGAAAGCCCAGACAUUGAUUGCACAAGAGUCCAAUAUUCCCGUAUCAUAUGACGAAAGGAACAAGGGAAUGAUGAAAUAUCCCCCAACCAUGUCAACAGGAAAUACGGUGAAAGCACCUAAACCAAGUAAUCUAUUUACACAAGGUUGGUAGAUUUGAUUUUUUUAUUCUGUACGUCAAGCUAGCUUAACAAUUCUAUAUAUAUACACACAUAUAUAUAAUAUACAUACAAAUAUGUACAUACAUUGUGUAAAGUGCAGAUUUAUUUGUAUUAUUGUAUUUAUGGUCGCCCAGAGGCAUCAAGUAAAUGUUUGAGAAAUUUUCUUUUAACUACAAAUUUUCUGACCUAUAAAUGUUAUAGGUCUCUUUCAAGGUAAUGAUUUUUUCAUCAUGGGCAAUUUUUAUUAAAAAAUACCCUCCCAGUAUUUUAUUUUCUAUUUGCCAGUGUCUUCAGGCCUAGAUCAAGAGAGACCAAUUGAAUUAGAUGACAGCUUUGAUCAUGGAGAAUCUGAUGAAUCUGUAACAGAGAUGGUGCACAUGUCUGACCAAACACAUGAGGUCAACUUUUCACAGAUAUAUUUUAUUUUGAAUAUUUACUUCUGGAACUCAUAUAGCUUUCGUAGAGUGUGUCAGAGUAUUUUAAGUAUUUCAAAGAGGGCCUGUCAGCCUUUAUUGGGACAUUGUUAUUCAUGCUAAGAUUUAAUUGUAUUUAUUUUUAAUGGACGAAAAGUAAUGGUCAAAGCUGCUUGAACCAAAUUUAAAUAAUUGUAUUGGUAUAUGGGGCCAUGAAUAUAUAUUAUGUAAAUAUAAAAUAAAAUUUUCAUGGAUUGAAAACAUAAAUUUUUGGACAGCCCUGGCUACAUACAAAUUUAAAUUAGAAUCCCCCACCCCCACGAUUAAAAAAUCAGUCACCGUUUUUCUCUGAUGUCUGUUUUUUAAAGUAAAAAUAUUACAUCACACGCACUGAAAAAUACUAAGUCGAACGUCCGUCUUAUAUUAUUAAAAGUUCUCACUAGUCUAUUUAUUGCUUUUACCAUAACUAGCGAUUUAUUUCUGAAAACUUAAUUAAAUAGUAUGAUGAUAAUUACAAAACAUUGAGGUUUUUUAUUUAUGUCCUACGCCUAUGCAAAGUCCCCUCCCCAUUAGUGUGUAUGUAAUAUGUGGAUGUCCCAAAAUCAAUUUGAAAUAAAUGUUUUUAAAAGCUCCUUUUAUUGAAUUAUUCUAUCAAUGUCUAACAGAUGUCCUCUCCUUCUGCAAGCCCAAUGAAUUCAAACAACCAGUCACUGGUCAAAUCAGAGAGAAAAGUUUUACAACCUCUAACUGCAGAGGAAGUUCGUCAGCGCUCACCAGUUGUUAAUGUUAGCCGGAGUGAAAUUUUUACAGAGGAGAUUCUUAUUUCUCCUGAUGGACGAUGCCCUGUCAUAGGAUUUGAGAAAUUGAACAACAUUCACAAGAGGCAGGAAGAGGCCAUGCAGACGGGUAGUUUUCCAUCCAGUCCGGUACGAAUAAGUUCUCCCAAAGCACACGAUAAAUCUGGGAUGUCUCCAACCUUG